AUGUUGGUCUUCAGCAAAGAGCUAAAAGAUACUGAUCUCCGUGUUAAAGACAGCAGUGGUGAGCUUCGGGUGAUUCGUUGCAGGAAAAGAGAUGGGGAGUACGACAAGCCAGUGCUGUCUAAAGGUUGGCUUCAAUUUGUUUCCGAUUAUAAUCUGAGGGUUGCUGACAAGGUUGUUCUUCUUCGUGAGGACGACCCUCACCUCGGGUCUCAGUUCAGGAUUGAAGCAAAGAGGAAAGUCAUCUUGCUUGGUGAGGAGACUUGGGGUGAUGUGCCUAGAGCUAACUAG